AUGACUCACUGUCUCCUCUUUCCCCAGCAGAACUCCACAAAGAAGUCAGGGGGAGCCAAAAAGUCUUGCAAAGACUUCCAAGCAGUAGAAGUUAAAGAGAAAAAUCAGGCUGCUGAUGAACCAAGUACACAAGGAACCUCAGGGAAGGAGACCAAACGGAAGAGAUCUAUGAAAGAUGACAAAGCUGCCUGUCCACAGAAGAUGGAGCCGGGCAAUAAAAGAAUAAGAAUUCACAAGAAGAUACCAGUUCCUCCAUUGCCCGUUAAAUUGCCGCCAGUUAACCUGCUUCACCGAGACAUCGUGAGGUCUUGGUGCCAACAAUUAAAGCUGAGCUCCAGAGGCUCGAAAUUGGAAGGAUAUAAGAGGCUGUGUGAAUAUGCUUACCGUGAUCAAAAGGAUUUUCCCGCCACAGCAAAGGAAGCCAAGAUGUUGACAAAAUCACAGAGAAAACUGAAGAUGGAGAAGGGGGAAACGACUCUGGAAAGUUUGGGUCUUCCGGAAGGGAUUGCUCCCACUGAGGAGGGGGUGCCUGCUCUCGAAGGGGCCACUGCUCUCCUUGAGGGAAUGGACAAUGUUUUCAUGACCUCUGCCACCCCGGAGGCUGUGUUUGCCUCCUGGAGCAGAAUUGCAGCCCAGGCUGGGAAGGUGGAGCCCGCUGCGUCACCACAGGAGGCCUCUGAUGUCAGGUGGUGUGUGGUCCAUGGACGAAGUCUCCCUGCAGACACAGACGGUUGGGUUCAGCUGCAGUUUUAUGCUGGGCAAGCCUGGGUUCCUGAGAAACAAGGGAAAGUGUGUGCGCUCUUCUUGCUACCUGCCUGCACCUUCCCACCCCCGCACCUGGAGGACAACAUGCUGUGCCCCAAGUGCAUUCAUAGGAAUAAGGUAUUAAUAAAAAGCCUCCAGUGA